AAAUGCGGUUACGGAUAUCGUCUACCAGUCAGACUCAAUUCAACCACUUUAUCGGACGGAAGGAUCUGCGCCUAUCGCUGCCGUGAGAGGAUCUAUUGAACCAACCGCAAAAUCGGGGUUAAGCUACAGGUGUCGUGAUAACAAGUGACCAUCGGUGUGCAUCGCUGUCGUGCUGAGCCAUCCCACGCAUCAAAAUGGUUUCCGCAGAAACAAUCGGUUCCAUUUUUAUAAAAGUGUUCAAAGUGGUCAUCAACAUUGUAGUGCUGAUCAUUUACCGAACAGGCUAUGGAGGAGAUUUCCUCGGUAUUGGUGGUACUUGGAACCUGAAUGAAGAGAAAAGUCCCGAUGCAGAAAUCGUCGCAUCCGGUGUGUUUGUCGGUUUCAUCAUCUACACCGGCGUGCAGCUACUGACGUUUGGUUUCGGCACCACCAAACACAAGUACGAACUAUCUGACACGAUCAUGAAUGUGGUCGGAACGUUCAUGUGGGUAGCCGUCGGUGGUACUGCUUUACACUACUGGCACGGAUACCUGGCUGAACACGACUUUGAGAACAUUACUUCCGAGCGAACGGCUGGACUGGCAUUAGGAGCAUUGUGUGUCAUCAACGGAGCCCUCUAUUUGGCAGAUUCUGUGCUUGCCUUCAUUCACUACACUAAAUAUGCCUAAGUUAAGGUGCACCUAAAGAUAACAUUGCUGACAUUGUUUAGAACGUAGUGUAUGUAUGAUUAGCGAGACUAAGGUAUAAAUUUUAGCUACUUCGUAAUUUUUAAUACUGGUUACUGCAGCCCAUUUUUAUACGGAAGUAUGUAUAGGUUAAGAAAAGUGUUUUUGUGUCAAACCAGCUCUAUGCUUCUCUCCGUAGUAUACGUCCUUUCAAACACAUUUGUCGAAUUUGCCAUCGACAGUAAACGUGAGCUAACAAUGUUAAAGUGCUUUCUUCCAUCAACAAACAAAUAAAGAGGUUACAAAUUACCACA